AUGGAGCCAGAAGAAGAUGCACCGCUCCUCAGUUCGCAGCCUCCUGCCACCACCAGCGAUCCGAAGAACGAAAACCCGCACCCAAUCCUCGACAUUUGGCUGAGCUUCUCUCCAAGCUUCAAGUAUUGCAUUGCGCUUGAGCUUUUGUGCGAACUCGCCAUGAUGAUUCUGACCGUGCCGAUGGUGUCUCUUCUGGAACAAGCUAUAUGCACUCGAUACUACCAUGGAGACAUUUCGAAUCCUGAUCUCUGCAAGAUCGCGCCCAUUCAGCGGACCUUGGCCGAAGUCAGAGGCUGGACAGCCUCGUUCGAGACCCUUGCCGCCAUUAUCGUUGCAUUACCCGUUGGCCUUAUUGCUGAUCGUCGAGACCAACGCCGAGUAUUCAUGGUCAUUAUAGCGGGCAUGUUGAUGAGUCUGACAUGGACCUUGGUCAUCGCAACGAAUCCGAAGCUUCCCAUCAAGCUGGUAUGGGCCUCUUCCGUAUUCCUUCUUAUAGGAGGAGGUAGAUACGCUGCUGAAAUGCUGCUUGCUGCCAUGGUUGCAAAAGUGUGUAACGAAGAGACAAGAACUCGAGGCCUUUACCACUUCUAUUCAUGCUUCAUUUUCAGCGAGCUCAUAGGUCCCCCGAUAGCGUCGUUCACUGCCGACGUCUCACCUUGGCUUCCUUUUGCCGUGAGCUAUUUGCUACUAUUUUCAGCUUUCCCUCUCCUGGCCAUGAUGCCAACCGACCACAACGUUUUGGAUUCAACGCCUACGGAUUCCGAGGAAGCUUCGGAUGUCAAUACGCCGCCAGAGCACCCCGGCGUCCUUCUCACAGUUCUUCAUGCCUCGGUUGAUCAAUUCCGACUCCUCAAAUUCAUGUUCUCGAGCCGCAACAUGCGACUGGCAGCAGCAAUCUUUCUCGUCGGCACAUCCAGGGGCAUCAGCCUGCGUGCUCUGAUACAGUAUGCAUCCGCUCGAUUUGGUUGGAAGCUUUCCAAGGCAAGUUGCGAAGUCGCCUUUGUCAACCUCGUUCUCUUCUUCCUCGUCAUGCCAGCCCUAAUCAGCAUGGUUAGCAGAUAUUUGAAGCCUGCAAAUCAAACCCUUAACCUUGGAAUUGUAAGGGCUAGUCUGUCACUACUCUCUACCGGAUCGCUACUCGUUGCCUUCAGUUGGAGCUCGACUUUUUUAAUCAUAGCAACGAUGAUCUACGCUCUCGGAUUCGGUGCCCGCUCGACGCUCCUGUCACUCAUCACGUCGUGGAUCGACCCCGAGCGCGCCGCCACCCUUUACAGCGCCGUAUUUCUCGUCGAACAAUUUGGCAUGCUGGGAGGGGAGCCACUAAUCCAGAGCUUACUUGGUGUUGGCAUUGGCUUGCGAGAUCCGUUGAAGGGCUUGCCGUUUAUCUGUACGGGUUUGUUCUAUUUGAUCGGCCUUACCUGCGCUUUUGCAAUGAAGCCGAACCUCAGUUGA